UCAAUGCCUUCCAAUCCAUUUGCAUCAAAAAUUCCCUUCAUUGUUGAUUACAAUGUAGUCCUAGCCACUCCUUUAUUUAGUUCACCUUUUAGCACGUCAACUUCAUCUCCACCAUCGCUUUUCAUUUCUGGUCCAGCAUCAACUACUAACAAUCAGGUAGUUGCAAACCCAUUUGGAACACUCCCUCCACUGCCUCAAUUGUCAAUUGGUCGACAUUUGAAUGUUGUUGAUAAACCUGCUGCAGUACGAAUUUCACCCUUAUUGACUCCAAGACAGUCGUCACUAAGGUCAAUUAGGUAUAAGAAUCAUAGUUUGAAGAUCAGUCAGAAACCAAAUGGGGUUCAUGAAGAUCAUUCUUUUCAAAAAGAUGAUUUUUAUUUGACACUUGGUGGACACAGAGCUGGUGAGGCUGUCAUUAUGUCUGUCUGUCCCUCUCUCCUAUGCUUCAGUUUUCAAUAUGAAAGUCGUGUGGUUCUUAUGCGCAUUAUUGCAAUGAUAGUCAUGACUUGUAUAAGAAAGAUAUAA